CAUCUUUAAAAAUCUGGAUUUUCUGAUAUUUUAGGCUAAAAAAUUAGGAAACCUCUUGUUUUUUAAAAGCUUUUAAAAAAACUAUUUCGCUAUAAAUGUCUGGAAAUUCCAAAAUUCAUUAUCAAUAAUGUAUUGCACGCCUGGGAUGCAACUCAAAUUGUACUCCGAGGUUACCAAGGCGGCCUUUGGCGGGGUGGCCGCAUGGUAGUGAGGAUGCUCAAGGAUUUUAACCUGUUGGGCGUCGUCGGGAUAUACAUUGCGCUUGCGGAAAUCAACAAUCACUCGCUGGUGGCUGGCAUGUUGAUGGAUCAUCUGGGCGUGCAGUUUUGGAUUGCGUUUUCAGCGCUCCUAGUGUGGGCGGUGAUUUUCAUGGCGUGCAAGGUGAAUGACGUGUUUGUAUUCAGCUUAUUUGGCACGCUGACCACUGUGGCGACUGUCGUCAUCAUUGUGUGAUUGGGCAUUAGCGACAUGGGGUACAUGAAUGCCAGACCGCCGACAAAGGCAAUUGAUCUCAAGCUGGCGCCCAUUUCCUGGCGUCUAUCUGCUUCAGCUUUGUGGCUCGCUCUCGAGGCAUCUAUAGGACUUCCCAAGCAGUGGACCAAGACGCUUUCGCUAGCCACAUCCUUCAUUGCUUUGAUCUACCUUUGUGUCGCUGUAGUCAGCUACACCAUGUACGGCGAUCUGGCAAAGUCGCCCAUUAUUCCCAGCCUGCACCCACAAAGCAGCGCUCUGUCGCGUCGGCUUCUGCAGUCUGCGAUGCUGGUUUUGGUGUUCUGUGCUCUGUUUGUAUCGGACAUUUCUAAGGUCGUGCCUAUUCUAGGUGCUGUCGCUGCGUCUAUGGUUGGCUUUGUCACCCCUGUUGCCUGCCACGUGCGGCUCUACAAGGGAAGCAUGGUUUUCUCGGUCUGGGAGUACAUCUGGUGCGGGUUUAUCACUGGCAUCGCACCUCGCAGGC